AUGGAAGUGUAUGUUAUUCCGGGUCUCGAAAACUCUAUGUAUUGCGGUGUCGAUUUCUGGAAAGCAUUUAAUAUUGCUCCGAAGCUUAUAAGCAGUUUAGAGAUCAGUCCAAAAGUUGAAGAUUCCGAUUUACAUAUUCUUAAUGAUGAUCAGAUAGCUCUGCUCGAGAAGAGUAAAGAAAGUUUUCAUGAUUUUGACAAAUAUGGUUUGGGGAAAACUCAUUUAGAGGAACACGUCAUCGAUACUGGUGAUGCCGUUCCGGUUAAACAACGUCACUAUCCCGUUUCUCCAGCAGUGGAAUCUUUAAUUUAUCAGGAACUUGAUCGCAUGCUUAGUUUGGGAGUCAUCGAGCCGAGUACUUCACCGUGGAAUUCACCAGUUACUCUUGUGCGUCGUGGGGAGAAGAAUAGGUUAUGUCUGGAUGCACGCAAGUUGAAUGAAGUCACCAUCAAAGAUGCGUAUCCAUUACCUUUUAUUGAUGCAUUGCUAGGUCGUUUGCAAGAUACAUAUUUCAUUUCGAGCAUAGAUUUGAAAGAUGCCUUCUGGCAGGUACCUCUGGCAGCUGACAGCCGUCCGAAAACUGCGUUUACAGUACCGGGGAGACCACAUUAUCAAUUCACUGUCAUGCCGUUCGGGUUGUGUAAUGCAGCUCAGCGGUUAUGUCGGUUGAUGGAUAAAGUGAUCUCACCGGAACUGCGGAACAAGGUUUUCGUAUACCUUGACGAUCUUUUAGUGGUUUCGCCAGAUUUUGAGACUCAUGUCGAUCUGUUGCGCAAGGUAGGAGAGAUGUUGACCAGAGCAAACCUGACCAUUAACUUGAAGAAAUCUAAAUUUUGUCGUCGAGAGUUGCGAUAUCUAGGAUACAUUGUCGGUGAGGGGAAGCUCAAGCCAGAUCCUUCAAAGAUAAACAGCAUUACCGAUAUACCAAUUCCUAAGAACACACGCGAUGUUCGCAGAUUUUUGGGAAUGGCCUCUUGGUUCAGGCGUUUCAUUCGAAACUAUGCCGAAAUUACCGCUCCUCUCACAAGCACGUUGAAGAAAGGUAAAUCUUUUUGUUUUCAUGAUCAGGCCAUCGAUGCUUUUAACAAGUUGAAAGUAGCUUUGACUACUAGUCCUGUACUGAACCAUCCUGUUUUUGAUAAAAGAUUUUAUGUCCAAUGUGACGCCUCUAAUUUGGGUCUUGGUGCAGUCUUGUUCCAACUGGACGCUGAAGGUCUGGAACGUCCCAUCGCAUUUCAUUCCGCUCAGCUAUCCAAGGCAGAACGGAAUUACAGUGUAACAGAGCGUGAGUGCUUAGCUGUCAUCAGUGCUAUCAAGAAGUUCCGUCCUUUUAUUGAACUUAUGCCUUUCACUGUAAUUACUGAUCACAGCGCUUUGAAAUGGUUGAUGAGACAGAAGGAUCUCAGCGGUCGGUUGGCAAGAUGGAGUUUAAAGCUCCAAGCUUUUAAUUUUGAUAUCCAGCACCGUAAAGGAUCACAAAAUGUAGUCGCGGACACAUUAUCCCGUUUGCACAUGGACGAAAUCAACAUGUUUAUCGAUGAAAAACCUUUAAUUGAUUUAGAAUCUCCCGAAUUUAAAAGUGAAGAAUAUUCACAGAUAGUCAGCAUGGUGCUCGAGAACCAAGACAGUUUACCCGAUUUUAAAGACAAACCUGUGAUUAUCCCUGAGCAUCGCAAAGAAAAGGACUAUAUGGCAAGUGUUCCCACAUUUGUGCGAAAUGUUAUGGGUUCCAGUGCUGGAGCCGGGUCUGGAGAAUUUCAUGUGUACCGGCAUUUGCGUCGCAAGGAGUAUGCUCGCCAAAAAAUGAUUCAACAGAAAAGUUUGCAAGAACAACUUGACGAUGAGUAUCAGCAAAAAAUAGAAGAAAAUCGUCGUAAAGCUGAAGAGAAAACGGCAAAGAAGAGAGCAAAGCGCCUUAAGAAGAAGCAACGGGCAAAAAAGCCUAGACAACAGAAAGCUCCCGGUGAAUCGACGAAGAGCAAUGAAGACGAUGGCAAUACAUCAAGCGACUGUAGUGAGGACAACGAUAAUGACAAUAAAGCAAAUGACGAUAGUCCAGCAACAUUAACAUCUAACGAGUCUGUGGAAAAUAAUGCGCCCAGUGUCAAUAACGCCGAUGAUUGCACGAAGGAUGCUAAAUCAAAUUCCUCUGAUGAAACUCCGCUGAAUAAGGAUACAAUAUUGGUAGAGUCUUCUUCGGCAUCUACAGCAGCAACUAAAGAUGAUGUUACAGAAAACGAUAAAGAGCAUCCAGACACAUGA